AUGAAAAAUUCGAUAAUUUUAUUGGAUUUCAAGCAACUGGAAAGAAACGCUUCUGUUGUUUCGAACAGCAAUAACGUACAACAAAAAUUUUUAGUGUGGUUGACUGUGCACGUUGUCAAUGGUCGUCUAGAAAGAGAUACUUGUUUUGGCGAAAAUUACAACGACGUUGCUUGCGACACUAGAAAUGAAGCAAAUCCCAAACAGUUAGAAGCAGGCCAACUUCCUCGGAUCGGUUAUAUCCCAUUAGCAUAUCGCAAAGCUCGCAAUCUCGCUGUCGAUGCUGUUUUGGUACCGGGACUCAACUGGAAAACGGUAGUUGAAACAAUCGAAAGAAUUCUCCCUCAAUUAGAAGCUGUCGGAGAAAAUCUUGAACACUGGAAUACUGAUAGUGACGAGACCUGGUCAGUAAUAAAACUUCGACAGUUUCUCGGAAAAUUAAUAAAAAGAAACGACCAAGUAACUAAAAGUCAAGCACCAAUGAUUGUAAUUAUAAGAGAAGACCUUGUUCGUUUUGUAACAAAGAUCAUUGGGAUAGUGAUUGAAACUUAUCCUACUUUAAAGCAAAGAUUAGAACGUUUAAUUAAGAUUAAAGCCUGUCGAAAAUGUCUCAAAGGGGGACACAUAGAGGCCAAUUGUAAAUAA